AUGGCUAUGAAUCGUAUUCCUGGUCAGAAUAUUUAUAUUGGAGGCAUUUUCUCCCUUAAGAACAGGGCAGCAUUGGAAAGAGCAAACAUUACCCACGUACUAUCGGUAUUACGCCUGCAACCACAAGAGGAGACAUUUGCAGGCUUCCAACAUCAUCGCAUCGAUGUGGACGAUGUUGAGGAUGAGAACCUCCUAGAACAUUUCCCCUCCGCCAUUAAGUUCAUCCAGUCUGGAUUGGAUGCUGGUGGGGGCGUCCUGGUCCAUUGUGCGAUGGGAAAAUCCCGUUCAGCCACCAUAUGUAUCGCUUAUCUACUCCACCAGCAGCCAAGUGCACUGACGCCGCAGUCCGCUCUUGCUAUUAUUAAGGAAAGUCGGCCACUUUGUGAACCGAAUGAUGGGUUCAUGAAACAGCUGUCGAUAUACCACCAAAUGGGCUGUCCAGACGAUGUGAUCAGCCAUCCGCUGUAUAACCGUUGGCUUUACCGCCGCGAAGUUGAGGAAAGUGUAGCAUGUGGGCGCGCGCCGGAGAUGAGUUCCGUGUUAUUUGAAGACGAACAACCUCACAAAUCCCAAGACAAUACGGAUCGAACAACGGAAAUUAAAUGUCGGAAAUGCAGACGAAACUUGGCGACCACGCCAUUCAUCAUACCACAUGGCCCGCAAAACGGUGCAAAGGGACCAACCGACUGCGCCCACAUUUUCUUACAUCCUUUAACGUGGAUGCGCCCGUGCCUUUUCCCUAACGGUGAAGAUGAUGGAGCACCGCCUGGGGAUGCGCCCCUGUCUGGUCGAUUGACCUGCCCGAACACCUCGUGUGGUUCCAAUAUCGGAAAGUUUGCAUGGCAGGGUAUGCAAUGUAGCUGCGGCGACUGGGUAGUCCCCGCAAUCGGCCUUGCGAAGGCUCGAAUCGAUAUGUCCCAACGUGUCAAUGUGGGAAGGCUACCUCCAGCUGCCCUAGGCAUCCGUAUGCCGCCUAGUAUGAGGCCUAAUCCUGCGGAUGAUUCCACAAAUGGACGGGGCAACCUCUAA